AUGAGCGUCCCUUGUCGUCGUCCUUCUCCUCCUGCUACAUUCACGCCAGCUUAUCUUCUCUUCCUCCUCGUCCUUGUGGCCCAGUACCAGAGGACUGUGGGCGUGGGCUGUGUCGGAGCGGGCGGGCGGUGUGUGGGCGGUGCUGGUGGGCGGGAGUGUGAGUGGGUGGAGGGCGGGAAGGGCCGCCCACUGGAGCAGUCUGACUGUGGACCCGGAGAGACGUGCUGCUUCUCUGGGUCACCACUAGAAUCACCACCGGGGUCAACAACACAACUGGAAGGCAGACGCAAGAGACGAGAGAGAGCGGAGGAUUCUGAAGGUCUUCAUCAACCUCGACGGAAGACGCUCGAGAGAGAACAUGAACGGAAGUCACCAAGAAGAAAACAAAUAAGUAUCAGCAGGCACCGGAAUAACACAAGACCCAGGGAUAACAGCAGACCCGGAAAUAACACCAGAUCCGGGGAUAACACAAGACCCGGGGAUAACAGCAGACCCGGAUAUAAAGCCAGUAAUCACAAAACAAAGAAACAGAGGAAUAACAGCAGACCAUCAGUGCUAGGAGAGCUCCACAUUGACUCCCAAACUAUCUCCGAGAACCGUAAACAAGGAGAAAAAAAUGCAACAAUCAGGCAAAAAGAAAGCAGACACAGGAAAGUCAACAAUACAGAAGAUAAGAAAAUGAAGGAAAAAGCCGUGAAAGAGAAUAAAGGGAAGUACAAACAUGAAAGACACUCAGACGGGAGUAAAAGGAAGAGUGAGGUAGACAAAAGCAAGAGAAAGAAAGAACGCGGAAAUAUAAGGACGGCAGGAGGCCAACGGGGCCUUGAACGCAACAAGAACAAAACUCUUAAAGCCGGAGAGACUAAAACGCCAAGAAAGAUCAAGAAAAUGAGUGAAAAGACGAGCCGAAAAAUGAAUCCAAUAAACAACUACGAGAAAGAAAGAAAUGUGAAAAAUCUAAAAAAGGCUGAAGGAAAAACAAGUAAAAUAGAUAACAAUUUGAAAAGUGUUGCAGCAGCACCAGGAAGAAAAGCCAAGACGACGAAUUUAAAGAAGAACGCAAAACUUAAGAAACAACUAGAAUCAAACGCCGUUGAGGCAACACACUCCAGGAGGAACUCAAAGAAAACAAAGGAUAGCAACUCCACGGAGAAGACAGCUAGAAAAACAAAGAAAAGGCUACAAAAGAAAAUGAAGCAAAAGAUGUUAAGGAAAACGCAAUCAAACAAAACAGAAAAAAUGCGAUCAAAGAAAACUAAUAAAACUCUAUCAAAAAAGCCUCAGAAAAUGCAACCAAAGAAAUCUAAGAAAAUGCAUCCAAAGAAAUCUAAGAAAACGCAACCAAAGAAAUCUAAGAAAAUGCAAACAAUGAAAUCUAAGAAAACGCAACCAAAGAAAUCAAAGAAAACGCAACCAAUGAAAUCUAAAAAAAUGCAACCAAAGAAAUCUAAGAAAAUGCAACCAAAGAAAUCUAAGAAAACGCAACCAAAGAAAUCUAAGAAAACGCAACCAAAGAAAUCUAAGAAAACGCAACCAAAGAAAUCUAAGAAAACGCAACCAAAGAAAUCUAAGAAAAUGCAACCAAAGAAAUCUAAGAAAACGCAACCAAAGAAAUCUAAGAAAAUGCAACCAAAGAAAUCUAAGAAAAUGCAACCAAAGAAAUCUAAGAAAAUGCAACCAAAGAAAUCUAAGAAAAUGCAACCAAAGAAAUCUAAGAAAACGCAACCAAAGAAAUCUAAGAAAACGCAACCAAAGAAAUCUAAGAAAAUGCAACCAAAGAAAUCUAAGAAAACGCAACCAAAGAAAUCUAAGAAAACGCAACCAAAGAAAUCUAAGAAAACGCAACCAAAGAAAUCUAAGAAAACGCAACCAAAGAAAUCUAAGAAAAAUCAACCAAAGAAAUCUAAGAAAAUACAACCAAAGAAAUCUAAGAAAACGCAACCAAAGAAAUCUAAGAAAAUGCAAGCAAAGAAAUCUAAGAAAAUGCAACUAAAGAAAAUGCAACCAAAGAAAAUGCAACCAAAGAAAUCUAAGAAAAUGCAACCAAAGAAAUCUAAGAAAACGCAACCAAAGAAAUCUAAGGAAAUGCAACCAAAGAAAUCUAAGAAAAUGCAACCAAAGAAAUCUAAGAAAAUGCAACCAAAGAAAUCAAAGAAAAUGCAACCAAAGAAAUCUAAGAAAAUGCAACCAAAGAAAUCAAAGCAAAAAGCAACCAAAGAAAUCAAAGAAAAUGCAACCAAAGAAAUCUAA